UACGAGUGACAAACAGCCGGUAGUCACGCCCACCUGUGACAUCACAUCUUCCCGCCCAGCGCUCGGUCGCAUGGAUGUGACGUCACGAUUAGCUAAGAGGCACGGUAUAGCCAGCAUGGAGGAAAGCAUUGAGCUGUUGGUGGGCUGUUAUGAACAAGUUCUGUUCGGGUAUCGGGUACAUCGGGAAGGGGAGCAAUGGUUAAGUUCUGCAGACUUCACUCAUCAUGCCCACACUGCCUCUGUGUCUGUGCUUGCAGUGAAUAAUAGAUUUGUAGCCACUGGGAGCAGGGAUGAAUCCAUUCAGAUAUAUGAUAUGAAGAAGAAGGGAGAACAUGGAGCUUUGCUGCAUCACAAUGGAACUGCCAUGCUGUUCUUCAAAAAAAAUUAUUUAAAUCUUGUUGACGGACUCCGAUGGAACAUCAGUCAAACUGUUAUACAGAAUGAUAACUUUGGAACAAAGCACCAAGGCAGGGUGGUACACUUUGACAAGAUUAUUAGUAUAAUGCUAGGACAAGUCGUGUCCCUUUCCAUUCAUCCUUCAGGAAAGUUAGCCUUAUCGGCAGGGACAGAUGAAACCUUAAGACGCACACAUUAUCCAGUGGUCUCCCAUUGGAGAGAAAUAUGUGGUUGUGAUACAUGACACGGUUGAUGUGUACCAGCUGGAGACUGCAGCAGUAGUUGGUACAAUUAAUAACCCAAAGAGAAUCUCUUCUGUACAGUUUAUAACUGUAAGUUACACAAAUUUAGCUUGGUUUCAGUGUUUCUAACUUUAGUAGUAGUUGUAUUAAUAUGGAUUUAUAAAGGUCCUUUUACAAUUAACUAUUUAAAGGUAUGGCCUUAUCUAUCAAGCACUCCUCAUUUUUCACAAGUUCAUAGUUCAAAGGGUGUUUUAAUGUGCACAAAAGAUGCUUUUUCCAGUCAGUGUAAUGUGCUUUUAUUCCAGUAAUUUGUACUUUAACCCUUUAACCACUAAGCACGUACGGCAUACGUGCUGGUGGUUCAGGGCUCAGGCUGCCAAGAACGUACCUCGUACGUUCUCCUGCAGCUGAGCCCUUCUCUCUGCAUCGGCGGCUUUUGCCGCCUCUGCAGAGAGUCAGGAGGGUUGACAGCCCCCUGGGCAACGAGGCUGGGGGGCUGUCAAGUCGGAUCUGCGACGCGAUUGUCGCAGAUCCAACUUCAAAGUAGCAAAAGCUACGUCCCCCAAACGUUAGGUACGUUUGGGGGACGCUUUGGACCCAGGAGAGACACCACAAGGGAGUCUGGAAAAAUCGGCAGGACUACCCCGAGGGAGCAUAUUCAAACUUUGUGGGACUAAAUGCGUAUUACCGAAAGAGGGUAAAUGUGAGUGUAUUUUUACUUGAUUUUAAUUAUGUUUUAAUAAAUGGUAUUACACUAUCCUCGGUUCCUAUUUUUAAUCCGGAGUCUGGCAGGAGCGGUGAGUUGGAGGAGUGACCAGAAAGGAUUUUUCUUGACAUGCAGAACGCCACAGUAGUGGUUUGUAAGUAGGCAAUUUAAACUUAGUGUGGAGGCACUUGACUAUCGGAUUACACCUUUGUUGCACAGGAAGGAUGCCUCUUCUUCUAUUCACCUGGAUCUAUUUCUCUUUCUCUAAUUAAUAGCUGCCCGAAAAGAAAAGGGGAGCACAUCUCUGAAAAAUCAUUUUUACAUACGCACAGGGUGAUAUUCCCUUUAAUUGAACGUAUUACGCUAUGUGUUUCUAAUUUCUGUUGCCACAGGCGCUGAUCCUCUUAUAUAUAUUCCAUAGAGAAUACAUAUACAUUUGUUCUGGACUUUCAUUUACAGCUGAGGGACUGUGAAGGGAUCGGCAAGGAAUACCUAAGAGACUGACAUUUUUUUACCAAGUUGCAUGUGUAAGCAAUAUAUGUUUUAUCACAGAAAUGUGUCUGCGAAUUUAAAGCUCAUGAAAACA